GGAUGGCAUCGCGUUGCAAGAGACCAUGGCCAGCAUCUCCUCUUUUGGCAAGUACACCCACGUCAUUGUCCGAUGCAUCCCUUCCUCGUUUGGUACCUUGGAGACGGCGGCGGAAGGGUCUGAAGGGGGGAAUGAACCGGUGGACCUGGCCAAGGCUCAUCGGCAGUAUGGAGUCUACACGGGCAUCCUACGCCAGAAGCUGGGCCUGCAAGUCAUCGAGCUGGCGGCGGACGAAGGCCUCCCUUGUUCGACGCUAGUAGGGGAUUUGGCGGUGAUACAAGGGGACACGGCACUGCUCACGCGGCCUUGGGUGCCCUCACGGCGGGAUGAGAUCAGCAGCAUCAAGAAGGUCUUGGAGGAACUAAAAUUGCGCGUUGUGGAGGUAACAGAUGAAGGAGCAACCCUGGAUGGGAGUGAUGUACUUUUCACAGGUCGAGAGUUCUUUGUGGGAAUUUCCAAGUGGACCAAUCACAGAGGCGCAGAGAUGGUGGCCGACGCUUUCAGGGAUUUUGCUGUAUCUACCGUUCCUGUCUCAGGCACUUUGCACCUCCGUAGCUUCUGCAGUAUGGCCGGCUCUGACACAGUUGUGAUUGGCAGCAGCGAGGUGGCCAAGAAAGCCAUGAAGACUAUGGAGCAAUUAACUGACCACCACUAUGAAACACUGACCGUGCCUGACGACCCAGCUGCAAACUGCAUCUAUGCUCGGCUCGGCCAGAAGAGCAACGUCCUUUUGCACCGGAGUGCAGAGGAGUAUCCAAACAGCGUACAACCUUUCCAGAAACUUCCAGACUACACCCUCAUCCCAGCGGCUUGCACUGAGGUGGCCAAACUUGGCGGGACCCUCAGUUCCUGCUCUCUUCUUAUCAACAAGAAGCUGGAGAUCUAGUGCCUAUUGAACCCCACCC